GACGUCAGACGCAGGUUCGUAAAAAAGGGCGCGAGGGAAGAUGGACGCUUCAGACUUUUGUUUUCAGCUCUUUGACUGAAACUGAUCGUUUGUUCUGCGGGUGAAACUCAGGAUGUCGUCGCUGAAACCUUUCAGUAAACUGCCCGGGUUAAACACAGCGAGCAUUCUGCUGGUGGAGAGUGAGGAGCAGCUUCAGCAGAGUUUAGCAGACGCUCUGGUGGAGGAGACCUCGGUCACUGUGAAUGUGAGACUGGCCAAGAGUCUCCCUCUGCCCUUGGAGAACGAGGAGAGUCGUCCAAGAAUAGAUCUGGUGGUGUUCAUCAUCAACCUGCACUCAGAGCUCAGUUUCCAGUCAGCAGAAGCUUCCCUGAAAUAUUUGGACCCUGGAUAUUUCCUUGGAAAGGUCUGCUUCUUGGUCUCUAAUGCUCGUAAUGGUUCAGUCCCCACGGAGCGUCUGGACACUGUCAGAAAGCUAGCUGCGUCGCUCCACUGCCCCCUGUUGUUUGCAGAGGAUCAGACACCAGACGGUGUGACCAACGCUACAGAGAGGCUGCUGACCAUCUUGAAGGUGGCGGCCGGUCUUGUUCCCAUGGCUACAGCUCUCUACCUGUCCAACCUGACUCGAUGCACAGUGCCCCUGGACAUCGACCAGCCGAGCUUUGAUUAAUCUCUGUGACCCAUCCACCUUGACUUUAUCAUGUGUACACUAUAUUAUUUAUUUGCAGUGGUGGAAUGCCGUUAGCUGUAGCUAACACCUUAGCAUGGUGUCUCCUUUUAAUCAUUUUACGUGUUUAUGCUUUGGCUCAUAGCUGCUGCAGCUGACAGACAUAUUGUUGCUCUUUCAUACAACAUGAUAUUUUGACACGCCACUUCAGGAAAACAUGUAAAUAAGGAGAAUAUCACUCAGGAGACUUUAUCUCUGUAUAUAUCAGUGUCCUUAAAUCCAAUCAAGUUGCACCAAAUUUCAAACACACAUAGAUAUCAGCUCUCUUAAUGUUCUCUAAAUUAUUCCCUGGGAAAUUUCACUUACCCCUAUUAAAGUCACAUUUUCUCAUGUAGUAGCAAUACAUGUAGGACUGUAUAGACAUCUCCUUCACUGGUAGCAUUGUUUCACCUGUGUGGGCGGGACAAGUUACAACUUCGUCAUUUGUAUCAUCAGGUGGAGUCUGGUCACAUGACUGUUCCCACCUUCAACCUGAGCAGGGGUCCGAGCAGUCAAAUGGAGACAUCAGUGUGGAUGUGCGGGGAAUUUAAAUCUAACCGUGGAGUGUUAUCAGAUAUCUUCAUGAUGCUGCCACAGAAUAUGUUUUGAACAGUGUAAAUAAUUAUAACAUAUACUUGUCUGUGUACUUUAUAUGGUAAUGUUUGAUUUCAUUUUUGAUAUAUGAGAGAUUUAUUGGACAUGUAAAUAGAUGAAAAUAAUCUCGUCAAUAAAAACAUGACUAAGCA